ACUCAGUGUACAUGUAUGCGAUAGCGAAACUGAAGGUCUUAGCUGUUGUGAAUAAGUAAAACAAAUAAUGGCUGGACAGUUGCCAGAUAAGUACAUGGAUCAGCUAGAGUAGUUGAUAGGCACGGGCCCUAAGAUCUUCACCCUGCUUUACAAUAUACCCGGUAACCAGGAACGGAUGUAACCCUACAACAUUCCACCAGAAGUGUGACAGCCAGGGACCCACUGUGACUGUGCUGUACAAUCAACAGGGCUCGAUGUAUGGGGGAUAUGGGAGUGCGAGUUGGAUCAGCAUUUACGAUUGGAUAUCGGAUGCAAAAACGUUUCUCUUUCAACUGAAGUAUUAAAGCAGCGACAAUUCCACACAGUUUUCAGUAACAAAGGCACAACAAGGAUUGAACGGAUUACCUCACCUCGGACCGUUGUUUGGUGCUGGGCCCGAUCUCAACUCAUUCAGUGGCACUGUCACCAGCUCAGGUGGCUAUUUCGCUUUGAAUGGAAAUUUGAAUAACUUUGGACACUCCUUCAACAAUCAAGGUUACUGCUGACGAAAUAACAAUGGAAACAUGCACGUCACCGAGUUAGACGUGUAUAGGGUAACAGAUGGUCAGCGGAUGAGGACUACACCACAACCAACACAACCACCACAAUCCUGGAGAAAAACUCCUGCAUGGAAUGAAAAGGUAAAGGUCUUAUCUAACUAACGCAUUGUUCUGAUGUUUGUGUACACAACCUAAUUUAUCGCAUUUGGGAAACAAGUGAAACGUAUAAAAAUACUUAUACCAUUAAAACAAAUAUUGUUUGUUUUAAAUCACACGCCCAUAAAACAAUACUUACAUUAAAAAAAGAAAACAAACUAAGCGAUUUAUGAAUCUUUAAUAUGAUAUAAAUAUAGUAUUGUUCUUAAAAAUAUUAAUUGUUCGUAAUUUUGUGUCUUGACACGCUUACCGAGGACAUCGUAUCGUUCAAACCUUCCACGGAGUUGGGACUGUCAGAUGUCCGUAUCCUUAUGCUGGGUCCAGUGGGGACGGGCAAGUCCAGCUUCUACAACACCAUCAACUCCGUGUUCAAUUCGUAUAUCUCAAAGUGCCCUCUGCGGGGUUGCUACAAAUGGCAUUACACUUUCGUACACCCCUUAUGAAGUUAAGGUGCGUUCUGGAGCAACGUUGAACUUCCGGCUCUGCGACACACGUGGUUUAGAAGUUACUCAAGACCUUUACAUUUUGGAGUGUAACUACUUGCUGGAUGGAAAUAUUCCUGAUCGUUUUGAAUUCAACCCAGUCGCUUCAAUCAGUCCCGACAAUCCCUGGUUCGUGCAUCAUCCGAAAAUUGCUGAAAAGAUUCACUGCGUUCUUUUUGUGUUGGACGCUGCAUCUGUAAACGACAUACCACCGAAAUUGGUAGAAAAGAUGCACAGUUUCCAGCGGCUUAUGAUUCGGAAAGGAAUUCCACAAGCCGUCCUGCUUACCAAAAUCGACUUGGCCUUUCAGGAUGUUGCCAGGGAAACAUCCAACGUUUUCACGAGCGAGAAAAUUGAAGCCGCUGUGAACAAUGUAUCCGGCCUUCUCGGGUUGCCUAGACACAACAUACUUCCGGUGAAGAACUACGAGAAUGAGAUGCAUGCUGGAUGACAACAUUAGCAUCCUAAGCGUUGGCGGCACUGCGUCAGCUACUGUACUUCGCAGAGGAUUACAUUCAGGUCCUUAAGAACACAAGGAAAGCGUGCAAGGUUUGUAACGAGAAGCUGGAUAAACGAGAAUCCUAAGAAAAAGGCAGUUACCAAGACUAAAAGAAGACACCGCUUAGCUUUUCUCCAAUGAUUUCUAAUUGAACGUUAAUGUUUUCAUGACAUUUGUGAUGUAUGUUAAGUAGUGAUGGAAUAUAUAUAUAUAUAUAUAUAUAUACCAAUACAUAGUGCCAGUUA